UGACAUUUGCUGAAAGUUCAGGAAUCGCACCGAUAUUUCGAUAUAAUUAUAAACAUUUCUUUUCUGGUGCUGUUAGGGUCGCUAUGGAUGCCUGGAAUGGGCUGGGAGUCACUGCUCGCCGCGAUUGACAGAGUCCUAUGAUAGGGUUAAUACUUUUCCUGUGUUCUGCUGAGAGGCAGAGAAGGUUAGCAGAAAGAUCAAUGUGAUUAAAGCUGAAAGAUGUGUCUGCCUGCAUCCCUGCUGCCUGUAUCUGCUGGUUGAAGGUUGCUUGUGUGUGUUUUUGCAGCAGAAAGCUUAAUUCAGUGCAGAAUUUAUAUUUUUAUUUUUUUUGGGAAGGACUGGGUACCAACAGGGAUGCGCAUCUAUUUGCAUUUAAGGAUUUUUUCACCUGAGGACUUGACUCUUGAAAGCUGCUGCAUGUUUUGCCUAGCUAAGAUCUCACCUGGGCUUUAAAGCACCCGCCUCUGUCUUUUUUUGCACAAGCUGCAUCUCUGAAACAGAUAGCCAGCCGGGUGUUAGCGGAACAGAGAAACGAGAAGGAUAGACUGAUCAUUUGCUUUAAGGACAAUCAGACGCAUUCUUCGAGCUAAAGGAAAAAAAAAAAAAACAUAGCUACUGGCAGCAGGGUUGGACUGAUCUGCCUUUCAGCUUAGAGCAUUAACCUUGCCGCUUACAACUAAGGAGGAAAAUAAUUUCUACACUACGAAGAGGCUGGGGAAGCAAAAGCUAUAGCUGGAAGGAUUGAAAGGAUCAAGGGCAUGUGGAUACUGGCCGUCUUCUUGUUCCAGAGCAUCGUAAAUGUUUCCAGUGAAGAUCUACAUGCCAGCCUGUAUUUUAUCAAUGCAUCUCUGCAAGAGGUAGUAUUUGCAAGCACCACAGGGACAUUGGUGCCCUGUCCGGCAGGAGGCAUCCCCCCUGUGACGCUCAGAUGGUAUCUAGCAACGGGCGAGGAGAUCUACGAUGUCCCUGGGAUCCGCCACGUCCACCCCAAUGGCACUCUCCAAAUUUUCCCCUUCCCUCCUUCAAGCUUUAAUAACUUAAUCCAUGACAAUACUUACUAUUGCACAGCUGAAAACCCUUCAGGGAAAAUCAGGAGUCAAGAUGUCCACAUCAAGGCCGUUUUACGGGAAGCUUAUACGGUCCGAGUGGAAGAUCAGAAAGCCAUGAGAGGCAAUGCAGUAGUGUUUAAGUGCAUUAUUUCCUCCCCAGUGGAGGCGUACGUCUCAUGGGAGAAAGACACAGUCUCACUUGUCUCAGGAUCUAGAUUUAUCAUUACAUCCACUGGAGCCUUGUAUAUUACAGAUGUACAGAAUGAAGAUGGAUUAAACAAUUAUCGAUGCACCAUACGGCACAAAUACACCGGAGAAACGCGGCAAAGUAACAGUGCGCGUCUGACCGUAUCAGAUCCAGUUAAUUCAGCUCCGGCAAUCCUAGAUGGGUUUGAGCAUCGUAAAGCCAUGGCAGGUCAAAGAGUAGAGCUUCCGUGCAAAGCAUCCGGCCACCCAAUACCAAAGUACCGCUGGCUAAAGGAUAAUGUCCUCCUUGAACCAGACAGCAGAUUUCAGCAAACCGUCAUUGGCUUACUCAUUGAAAACACAAGACCGUCUGAUUCUGGCAGCUACGUGUGUGAAGUGUGGAAUAACUAUGGUAAUGCUGAAGUCAUAGGAUCUCUGUAUGUAAAACAACCGUUGAAAGUCACCAUUAGCCCACGGAAAGUAAAAACUAGCGUUGGUAGCCAGGUUUCAUUGUCGUGUAGCGUAACUGGAACUGAUGACCCGGAACUCUCCUGGUACAGGAAUGGGGAAAUCUUGAGUCCUGGAAACAACGUGAGACUCACAGGUGUCUAUCGGGAAACACUUAUUAUGGAUGGGAUGGCAAAAAGUGACAGUGGAGCCUACCAAUGUUUUGUACGCAAGGAUAAGAUGUCUGCCCAGGAUUACGUGCAAGUGGUGCUGGAAGAUGGAACUCCCAAAAUAAAUUCUGCUUUUAGUGAGAAAGUGGUGAGUCCUGGAGAGCCUGUAUCGCUUAUGUGUAAUGUGAAGGGCACCCCACUACCUACAAUCACCUGGACUCUGGACGACGACCAAGUUAUAAAGAAUGGCAACCAUCGGAUAAGUCAAAUUAUCACCUCAGAAGGCAACGUUCUCAGUUACCUGAAUAUAACCAACACUCAGGUCCGGGACGGUGGCGUCUACCGUUGUACAGCCAAUAAUUCUGCGGGAGUCGUCCUGUACCAGGCUCGAAUAAACGUAAGAGGCCCUGCGAGCAUUCGUCCCAUGAAAAACAUCACUGCGAUCGCUGGACGCGACACUUAUAUUCAUUGUCGUGUGAUUGGCUAUCCUUACUACUCCAUAAAAUGGUACAAGAACUCCAAUCUCCUUCCUUUUAACCAUCGCCAGGUUGCGUUCGAGAAUAAUGGGACUUUAAAACUCUCAGAUGUCCAAAAGGAAGUCGAUGAAGGCGAAUACAUGUGUAAUGUGCUCGUUCAGCCGCAAUUAUCCACCAGUCAAAGUGUACAUGUAACUGUGAAAGUUCCCCCGUUUAUCCAGCCUUUUGAAUCUCAGAGGUUUUCCAUCGGGCAAAGGGUGUUUAUCCCUUGUGUAGUAGUGUCAGGGGACCUUCCUAUUACAAUCACCUGGCAGAAGGACGGGCGGCCAAUCCCAGCCAGCCUUGGUGUUACUAUCGAUAAUAUUGACUUUACUAGCUCGUUAAGGAUCUCUAAUCUGUCACUGAUGCACAAUGGUAAUUACACGUGUAUAGCCAGGAAUGAUGCAGCAGCUGUACAGCACCAGAGCCAAUUAAUUGUGAGAGUUCCUCCUAGGUUUGUGGUCCAGCCUUCUGACCAAGAUGGCAUUUACGGAAAAGCUGUGAUCCUGAACUGCUCCGCGGAAGGUUACCCUGUGCCUACUAUUGUAUGGAAGUACUCCAAGGGUGCGGGAGUACCCCAGUUCCAACCAAUAGCGCUGAAUGGCCGUAUACAGCUUCUUGGUAAUGGCUCGUUACUGAUUAAGCACGUUCUGGAGGAAGAUAGUGGAUACUACCUCUGCAAGGUCAGCAAUGAUGUAGGAGCAGACGUCAGCAAGUCCAUGUAUCUCACGGUUAAAAUUCCAGCAAUGAUAACUUCUUACCCAAACACAACGCUGGCGACACAAGGUCAGAAGAAGGAAAUGAGUUGCACAGCCCAUGGUGAAAAACCAAUCAUAGUGCGCUGGGAAAAAGAGGAUCGAAUGAUUAAUGUUCCUGAAAUGUCCCGUUACUUGGUGUCUACGAAGGAUGUUGGGGAGGAAGUAAUCUCUACCCUUCAGAUUUUACCCACUGUUCGUGAAGAUUCAGGCUUUUUUUCUUGCCAUGCAAUCAAUUCAUUUGGGGAGGACAGGGGAAUCAUUCAGCUAACAGUCCAAGAACCUCCGGAUCCUCCAGAAAUUGAGAUACGAGAAGUACGAGCGCGGAGCAUAGCACUACGGUGGACAAUGGGAUUUGAUGGCAACAGUCCGAUCACAGGCUAUGAUAUCGAAUGCAAAAACAAAUCAGAUUCUUGGGAUUCAGUUCAAAGAACCAAAGAUGUUUCUCCUCAGCUAAACCAGGCAACCAUCAUUGACCUCCACCCAUCUUCUACAUACAACAUCCGGAUGUAUGCCAAAAAUCGCAUCGGCAAAAGCGAAGCCAGCAAUGAACUUACAAUCACAACCGAGGAAGCAGCUCCUGAUGGCCCACCUCAAGAAGUUCAACUUGACCCCAUUUCUUCACAAAGUAUCAGGGUGACGUGGAAGGCCCCAAAGAAACAUCUUCAGAAUGGCAUCAUUCGUGGUUACCAGAUUGGCUUCCGAGAAUACAGCACAGGUGGAAAUUAUCAAUUCAAUAUUAUCACAGUGGACACUACAGGGGACAGUGAAGUUUACACUCUUGAUAACCUUAAAAAAUUCACUCAGUACGGAGUGGUGGUGCAGGCUUGUAAUCGGGCUGGAACAGGGCCAUCUUCUCAGGAAAUUAUAACCACUACACUAGAGGAUGUUCCCAGUCGACCACCUGAGAAUGUCCAGGCAACUGCAACCUCACCUGAGACUAUCUCAAUCUCCUGGUCUACACCUUCCAAAGAGGCCCUCAAUGGCAUCCUCCAGGGCUUCCGAGUGAUAUUCUGGGCAAACCUGAUGGAUGGAGAGCUUGGUGAAAUAAAAAAUGUCACCACUACACAACCCUUACUUGAGCUGGAUGGGCUUGAGAAGUACACAAACUAUAGCAUCCAGGUGCUGGCGUUCACCCGGGCAGGGGAUGGUGUGCGCAGCGAGCAGAUCUUCACCAGAACCAAAGAAGAUGUUCCAGGUCCCACUGCUGGUGUAAAGGCUGCUGCUGCUUCUGCUUCGAUAGUGUACGUCUCAUGGCUUCCUCCACUGAAGUUAAAUGGAAUUAUCCGGAAAUACACUGUGUUCUGCUCUCACCCCUACCCUACAGUGAUCAGUGAAUUUGAGGCUGCGCCCGACUCCUUCUUUUACAGAAUACCAAAUCUUAGCCGAAAUCGACAGUACAGUGUUUGGGUGGUAGCGGUGACAGCAGCAGGGAGGGGAAACAGUAGUGACAUCAUCACCGUUGAGCCAGUCGCUAAAGCUCCUGCUCGAAUUCUGACUUUCAGUGGCACGGUGACCACGCCGUGGAUGAGAGAUAUUGUCCUGCCAUGCAAGGCUGUGGGCGACCCAUCUCCUACAGUGAAAUGGAUGAAGGAAAGUAACGGGACACCCAGUCUAGUGAUGAUUGAUGGGCGAAGAAGCAUCUACAGCAAUGGAAGUUUUAUUAUCCGAACAGUGAAAGCGGAGGAUUCUGGGUAUUAUAGCUGUAUUGCCACCAACAGCUGGGGAUCAGAUGAAAUAGUAUUAAAUCUGCAAGUCCAAGUACCUCCUGACCAGCCUAGACUAACCGUGUCCAAGACCACUUCCUCAUCCAUAACCUUGUCCUGGAUCCCGGGAGACAACGGAGGAAGUUCUAUCAGAGGCUAUAUUUUGCAGUACUCAGAAGACAAUAGUGAACAAUGGGGCAGUUUUCCAAUUAGUCCCAGUGAGCGCUCUUACCGACUGGAGAACCUAAAAUGUGGAACUUGGUACAAGUUUACUCUGACUGCCCAGAAUGGCGUAGGACCAGGUCGCAUCAGUGAGAUCAUAGAGGCUAAAACCCUUGGGAAAGGUACUGGAGUCUUGUCCUGCCCAUCUAAAGCAGGAAAACCACAAUUUUCAAAAGAGCAAGACUUGUUUGCCAGUAUUAACACUACCCGUGUGAGGUUGAAUCUGAUUGGCUGGAAUGAUGGCGGAUGUCCAAUCACGUCAUUUAACCUGGAAUACAGGCCUUUUGGUACCACAGUGUGGACACUAGCACAGAGGACUUCACUAUCCAAAUCUUACACACUCUAUGACCUUCAGGAGGCCAUGUGGUACGAGCUACAAAUGAGAGUGUGCAACAGCGCUGGGUGUGCUGAAAAGCAAGCCAAUUUUGCCACAUUGAACUAUGAUGGAGGUACAAUCCCACCAUUACUAAAAUCCACUGUGACCAACGAGGAAGGGAUGUCUACCAACCGAGGGAUAAAGAUGUUGGUGACUAUCUCCUGUAUCUUAAUUGGACUCCUGCUGCUUUUUGUACUCCUCCUGAUUGUUAGACGGCGACGGCGUGAGCAAAGAUUGAAACGGCUAAGAGAUGCAAAAAGCUUAGCAGAAAUGCUAAUGAGUAAAAAUACCCGGACGUCAGACACAUUGAACAAGCAGCAAACUCUAAGGAUGCACAUAGAUAUACCCCGGGCACAGCUGCUUAUUGAAGAACGGGAUACAAUGGAGACAAUAGAUGACAGAUCUACGGUGCUAUUGACGGAUGCUGAUUUUGGAGAGUCAUCAAAACAGAAAUCAUUAACCGUUACUCACACGGUCCAUUACCAAUCUGUAUCGCAGGCAACAGGCCCCUUAGUGGAUGUUUCAGACGCUCGUCCGGGAACAAAUCCGACCACAAGAAAAAACGCAAAGGCAGGACCCGCAGCCCGAAAUCGAUAUGCCAGUCAGUGGACUCUAAAUAGGCCUCAUCCAACCAUAUCUGCACAUACAUUAACAACAGACUGGAGACUUCCAACUCCUCGUGCUGCAGGGUCUGUAGACAAGGAAAGCGAUAGCUACAGUGUGAGCCCUUCACAGGAUACAGACAGAGCAAGGAGCAGCAUGGUCUCCACCGAAAGUGCCUCCUCUACGUAUGAAGAACUGGCAAGAGCGUACGAGCACGCCAAGAUGGAGGAACAGCUGAGGCAUGCCAAAUUCACCAUCACAGAGUGUUUCAUAUCAGACACAUCAUCAGAACAGCUUACAGCAGGGACUAAUGAGUACACAGACAGUUUGACCUCCAGCACUCCGUCAGAGUCGGGGAUUUGCAGAUUUACUGCGUCACCCCCAAAACCUCUCGAUGGAGGAAAAGUGCAAAACAUGGCGGCUCCAAAGGCACAUCGGCCAGGUGAUGUGAUGAACUUGCCACCAUAUCUUAGAAUGGACUUUUUAUUAAAUCGAGGUGCUUCAGGAACUAGCAGAGACCUGGGUUUAGGGCAGGCUUGCUUGGAACCUCAGAAAAGUCGAACCCUGAAGCGACCCACAGUUAUGGAACCCAUACCCAUGGAAAAUCCAUCAGCACGAGAAGUACAGUCAUGGCAGCCCAGUGCGGCAGCACCAUUACCUCCACGAGAGGGUACUGAGCUAGGACAGGCAGCUAAAAUAAGCAGUUCUCAAGAAUCACUGCUGGACUCCCGGGGUCAUUUAAAAGGAAACAAUCCCUACACAAAAUCAUACACCCUGGUAUAACAAAAAGGUUUUAAAUACUAACAAAUAAACAAAAAUGCAAAUCAAUGCUACCUUUUUCUACUGAAAUUCCAACAUUUAUAAUUUAAAUAAAAAAAAAAGGAUUGCCAAAACAUUUAAAAGAGGAAUUUACAGACAGUGCAAAGACUCUCCACUUUUUUUUUUCUUUUGUUCAACUAUGUAAAAAUCACCUUCCGGGAUGUCAAACUCUUCGAAGGAUUGUUUUUUCUUUCUGCCACAUUUGUAACAAUUUUCUACAUAACGGUGCAUGAGAACAUAUUACUUGAAGAUUCCAACAUACUCCGCCAAGGAGUGCAAUUGCAGUGGAAUCGUUGUCACUCCAGUGGAUGUAAAAUGGCAGUUACAUGGAGAACGUCUUUUAGUUUCCUCUGCACAUUUUUUAUCAAUAAUUUUGAGUCCUAUAUUUUUUUUGUUACAUAGAAAGAGUGCUAUCACAGGACAUAGAUUUGUUGUUUUUUUUAAUCUUUUUUUUAAUUAUUAUUUAAG